AUGGCUCGCUUCGACAACCAAGCCAUCCGCAUUGCCGGUCGCGUCUUCCACGCCCUCCUACCUUCAUUCAUCGCCGAUCUCGUUUAUCCCGACCACAAGCCUACCUAUAGGCUUCACCCGACUUCUUACCUCGAUGGCCUUCGCGGCAUUGCGUCCUUUAUCGUCUUUUUUUGUCACUAUACGGAAGAGAACCACAAAUACAUGAUACCGUCAUACGGUCUUAACCCAAAGGGCCAGGUUAGCUCAUGGCUGCAGCUCCCAUUCUUGCGCAUUGUGUUCUCAGGCCGACCGAUGGUCCACAUCUUCUUCGUUAUAUCGGGCUUCGUGCUGUCGCACAAGCCCCUGAAACUGUUGCAUGCGAAAAACUUGGAAAAGAGCGCGGGCGCGGUGGCAAGCUCGGCUUUCAGACGACCCUUCAGGCUGUACGGGCCAUGCAUCGUUUCGACUUUCAUCAUCGCCAUCUUGAUACAGAUGGGCUACAUAUACAAGCCGGUGGAGACAUUUGGUGAGCAGCUCUGGAACUGGAAGGACGCCGUGUUCCACAGCAUAACAUGGCCGUGGGCUUGGGACUUAGAUCUGAGGCCCGGAUAUGACGUGCAUCUGUGGACUAUCCCCAUCGAAAUGGCUCAUUCGAUGUUGCUUUUCUUGGUCCUCAUCACUCUCUCCAUGGUACGGCUGAGACUACGACAGUUUAUCAAUUUUGCUUUGAUGAUAUACUGCUUGUGCUGCGGCAAGUGGGCUGGCUUCGAAUUCCUCGGCGGCAUGUUCUUGGCCGAGAUCCGGUUGCUUCAGGCUUCAGGUGACGGCGAGUGGUGGGUCGAACUCCAGAAGCGGCACAGGAUCCUCUCCAUUCUGCGUUCGGUGUUUUGGAGUGGCGUCAUAAUGGUCUUUGUCUUCAUCGGAGGCUGGCCCAAUUUCGACGCAGACAAGACGCCAGGCAUCAGGUAUCUGAACGCCCACACCCCAUACCCUUUUGCUACCAUGGACCCUCUCGCGCCGCAGAAAUACUGGUUUGCCCUUUCUGCCAUCUUUGCCGUGUACGCGUGCGGAGAGCUGGCGUGGAUUCGGCGGUUUCUGGACAGUUCCCUGGGCCAGUACUGCGGCCGGCUUAGUUAUGCCAUCUACAUUGUUCACGGACCCGUCUUGGAGAUGUUUCAAAAAAUGACGAUGGGACAGCCCUUCACACCGCAGAAGGGAAACCCGGGCGAGAAGGAGUUCGUACCCGCCAAGCUGGGCAAGGGCAUCAAGGGCAUGAUCGGGGUUGAGGGGCCCACGCAGCGCUUCGCGUGCUGGGCAGCUGGGCUACUGAUAUUGUUCCCCAUUGUUGUCUGGUUCUCUGACAUAUUCUGGCGGCUCGUAGAUGCCCCGAUGGUCGAAUUAGCGCGCAAAGUUGAGAAGUUGUGUGUAGAUGAGGAGAUUGAGCCAAACAAGAGGAGAGAACACGAACAGAGGUAUCAAAUGGUGGGGGUAUAG